UUAGCUAUACAGUCAAAUUGCUCUGCGUUAAGUGGAAAGGCGGAAGGUAAGAUAAUUUUCAAGGAGGGGUAACGUCCAAUAGUGUUGGCUUACCCACCAAGGAGCUCCGAACGAAUGUCAGUUUUUGGCCUGUGUUCUGUUAGCACUCCAAGACUUGUCCUCUAAGAACAUCGUUGUGAGGACUAAAAGUUUUAAACCUGUUCAGUUUGUACCCGUACAGUUAAUUUAUAUUAUAUAUAUAUAUACAUAUAUAUAUAUAUAUACACAAAUAUAUACAUGCAUACAUAUAUAUAUUUAUUUGAACAUAGAUGUACAUACAAAUAGACAUAACUUAAAUAUAUGUAUGUGAUUUAUGUAUAUAUUUAAAUCUUCGAUAGUAUCGACGUAGUACCGAUAGUCUUCAAUAACAGAAAAAAAAUUUUUUGGUACAAUGGCAAACUUCAUAAAAAUGGUGGUCACUAAUUACCAUGAAAUCGUGGGGGAUCACAAAGAUCCAGUAGUAGACUCGUGGUUUCUCAUGAGUUCACCGGGACCUGUCCUUGCCAUUCUUGCCACCUAUCUCCUCUUUGUUUUAAAAGUUGGACCAAAGAUGAUGGAAUCAAGGCCGGCUUUCCAACUCAAAAACAUACUAAUACUCUACAAUGCUUUUCAAGUUAUAUUUAGCGUUUGGCUCGUAUCCUUGGCCAUGAAUGAUCAGUUUCUCAAUUCCGUAUAUCCGAGCAGUUGCAGAAGAGAUAAUGUGGUUCCAGAUCAACGUACACAACAAUUAAUUUCAUCGGGGGCAUGGUGGUAUUUUUUCGCUAAAAUAAUUGAACUUCUCGACACCGUUUUCUUUGUUCUUCGUAAAAAAUACAAUCAAGUUUCGUUUCUUCACGUAUAUCACCACACGAUAACAGCUCUCUUCUCAUGGUGUUACUUAAAAUAUUUGCCAGGAGAACAGGGUCUUCUAAUCGGUUUCUUAAACUCGACAGUACAUAUAGUCAUGUAUACUUACUACUUAAUUGCAGCUUUAGGACCUCAAUAUAGAAAAUACUUAUGGUGGAAAAAAUACAUGACCUGGAUGCAACUGAUUCAAUUCGGUCUUAUGCUCAUCUACUUGAUAGUAAUUCUUGCUAUGGACUGUGCGAUGCCAAAAGCUCUCACAUACUUCUUUGUUACAAACGUUAUUAUUUUCAUUUAUCUCUUCAGUGAUUUCUAUCGAAAAUCUUAUAUUAAGAAAAAGAAAGUUUAAGUGAUACUUAUCACUCAACGCUCUGUGAAUAUGUGACUCUUUUGUACAAAUUUCAUCGUACGAUAAAUUUGUUUUUUUAGUGAUAAAAGUAAUUUAUUACAAAAUGAAUGCUUGUAUAAUGUUGAGUGACGUUAAUUUAAUUAAUACAGCACCGAUUAAAUUAUUAAUAACAAUGGUAGUUUUUUAUUUUUCCAGAAGUAUAAAUAGAAUAUUAUUUUCUUAAAUAUCAACAAAACUGUAGUCGAAAAAAUCAAAUGAAUUUAUUCCAAAAUUGUUUUUAUGUAUGUGUAAAAAAAGAAUUAUUAAAUUUUACAUCAAUACAAGCGUAAAUGUUUUUCAAUUUUUUUUUUUUUGUAGAAGAAAAUAAUGAAUAAAAAUUUUAGACUAUUGAUAUUGAAAAAAAAAUAUUUUUUAUACAUUUUUAAAAAAUUCAUACGGAUUGGCAGAAAAUUCACGAUAGUAAUUUUCUAUGUUGGAGAAAACGAAUCACAGUAUACAGGAAUUCAUUGGAACCUCUGUCACGCAGAUAAUUUUUAAGUAGAAACCCAAAAAUUUUAGGAAACGUUGAGACAACUCAAUAUUUUUGAGAAUUAGUAAUUUUUAAUAAAUUUUUGUUAAAAUAUAUUCUAAAAGAACUAUUUCUACUACGCCAUAGUAAUAUUUCUGACUUUUUAAAAACUCUGUUACUUUAUUUAAAUAUGUACAAUAAAAAAUAACUAAAAAAACUAGGUCCAUUAAAAAAUUUAUCAAUUUACAUUUUAAAAUUUAAACUCUUUACAGAUUUUUCUACACAAUAUCGUAAUUUGCCAACGAUAAUUUAAAUUCUAGUUUGUUCGGAAAUAUUCGGGUCUUUUCGUUAAUUCUAGUACUAAGUACUUAGGUUAGAAUGAACGAUGUGACGUAUUGAGGCGUAAGCAAGAAUCUCUAUGUAAACAUCAUGUGAGUUUUCUUUUGUAUAAUAACUUUAGAUAUGCAUUUUGAAUAUUUACGAAGUCAUGGAUAAAUUUAGUCGAUGAACUGUUUUUAUUAUUGUUAACGCCGAUUUAUUCAAAUAAAUAAAUUAUAAUUUAUUUUACAAAAUUAACAUGCUUAUAUUUUGUUGUGACUGAGGGAUUGCAUGUACGUUGAGCUAAUGAAUUUACCUAACCUAUUUUUUUCCAGCUUUCUUUCAAUCAUAAUUUUUUUUUGCAAUUGGUUAAUUUUAUUUUAAAUUUUAUUUAAAUAUUCUAAUUUAUUAUAACCAAUUUCGAAGUAGCUAGUAAAAAUAUGAAAGGGUAUCAAAUUUUUGAUCAAACAUCCAAGUCAGUAACUUUUUAUUGGUUAAGUUCGCGGAAUUAGAACAUAAAAACUUCUUUUGUUGCGGUUUCAGGUCUUUACGAUUCUGUAUAAAAUGAAGUUCAUUUAGAUUAUUUAUGCAUGAAUUAUAGUAAAAAACACGCUUAGAAGUUACGAUUUUACAAUACACUAGUGAAUUUUUGAAUCUAGCUAUAUUCUGCAGAAUAUUUACAAUGCAUAUAAUGUUUUUUUUUAAGAUUCCUAAA